CUCGUCCAAUGAAAAGUCUCCACGUUAAAGCGUUGUCCGCGUGGUUGAUGUGAGUGUGUAUACUCGAUCAUUCGGUGUAGCAAUUCACAAAUUCGCGAAGUAUUCAGUGAAAUAUGAAAGUGCUGCGCAGCCUAUUGUUGGUGACGUUGCUUGGGUUGUUGUUUGUACAACUUGUCCACUGUGAGGAUGCAGUUGAUGAUGAGGAUGAAGAAGAUGAUGAUGGAACUGUAGAAGAAGAAGAUGACGAUGCAACGGAGGAACCACCAAGAGAAAAGCCACACUACAAAAAACCAGAAGUCAAAGGAAGUUACUUUUUUGCUGAGCCUUUUGAUAACAAAGCAGAAUCUAUGAAAAGAUGGGUUCAUUCUCAGGCCAAGAAAGAUGGAGUAGAGGAAGACCUUGCCAAGUAUGAUGGAAAAUGGGCCUUUGAAGAGCCGAAAGAAAACCCACUGACUGGAGAUCUUGGUCUCAUUCUCACUUCAAGAGCCAAGCAUCAUGCUAUUUCUGCCAAUCUCAACAAACCAUUUCAGUUCAAGGACAAGCCCUUAGUAGCUCAAUAUGAGGUGCGGUUUCAAAAUGGCAUGGACUGUGGUGGAGCAUACGUCAAACUGCUGUCACAACAACAAAAACUUGAUUUGAAAUCCUUCCAUGACAAGACCCCCUACACUAUCAUGUUUGGACCUGACAAGUGUGGCCUGGAUCACAAGCUACACUUCAUCUUCCGACACAAGAACCCCAAGACUGGUGAAUUUGAGGAGAAGCAUGCGAAGAAGCCAUCCGGCAAUCUGGACAGUUACUUCACAGACAAGAAGACCCAUUUGUUCACACUUAUUGUGAAUCCUGACAACAGUUUUGAGUUCCUCAUUGACAAUGCUGUGGUCAACCAAGGAAGUCUCCUGGAAGAUGUGAACCCUCCAGUAAAUCCCCCUAAGGAAAUUGAAGAUCCCAAUGACAAGAAGCCAGCUGACUGGGAUGAGCGUGAGAAAAUUCCUGACCCUGAUGCCUCCAAGCCCGAUGAUUGGGAUGAGUCUGAGCCCGAGAUGAUCCGUGAUCCGGAUGGAGUGAAGCCUGAUGGCUGGCUGGAUGAUGAACCCCUGUUGGUGCCCGACCCAGCUGCAGACAAACCUGAGGACUGGGAUGACGAUAUGGAUGGAGAGUGGGAGGCACCUCUUGUUGAUAACACCAAGUGUAAGGAAGCCCCAGGGUGUGGAGACUGGCAGCCCGAAAACAUCAAAAACCCCAACUACAAAGGGAAAUGGUCUGCUCCAAUGAUAGACAACCCCAACUACAAGGGCAUCUGGAAACCACAAGUCAUUCCUAACCCAAACUACUUCGAAGACGUGCAGCCAUUUAAAAUGACCCCCAUUAAUGCUGUCGGUCUGGAGUUGUGGUCAAUGAGUGAUGGAAUCGUGUUUGACAACUUCCUCAUCACAGAUGACCGAGUUGUGGCAGAGGAGUAUGCAGAACAAACAUGGGUUUUGAAAAAUAUCGAAGAGAGGGCAUCCUCUUCUGCUGGGGGAUUUUGGACCACACUGAAGUCUGCGGCAGAUGACCGCCCGUGGCUGUGGGCCGUGUAUGUGGUGGUCCUCCUGAUGCCUAUCGUCCUGCUGUCUAUAUGCUUGUGCCCUAAAUCAGGGCCUGUCAAGCCUGAAGAUGUAGAUGCCCAGAGAAAGAAAACAGACGAGCCAUCACCUGAUGAUGAGGAGGAGGAGAAAGAAGAUAAAGCAGAGUCCUCUGGUGACAAGAAGUCAGUCGGACCAGGGGGAGAUAACAAAGGGAAAACAUCAAAGUCAGAUUUAAAUGCAGCAGCAGAUGAAGAAGAUGAUGGUGAUGAUGAAGAUGCAGAUGAAGAAGAAGAAAGUGAUGAAGUGAAAGAAAACAAAUCUAGCUCACCUCAGAAAUCUCCAAGGAGGAGGAAGACCCGCAGAGAAUAAAUCCAAGUCAUGUAACUAUUUUAUGCAUUUUACUGUGUACAAGGACUGAGUGAUGCCAAAAGCUUGAAUGUGACUAUGCCUGGGAUCUCUUUGUGAACAAGUCAAAGUUCUGGAAGUACUGGUAGGAACCCCUGCCUUGACCUUGGCCUUUGUCGUGACCUGUCUGUCAUGUCAGCAAGAUUACUCCAAUACAAACAGACCUGUGGGAUAAAGUGCCACCUCAAACAACACCUACAGUAAAAUGUAUUAAACCUAUUUGUCAUUUUUUAAUAUUGAAGUUACCUGUUAGAAAAAAUUAACGGAUAUUUUUAGCCCUGUUCAAUUUGUAUGAAGAAUUCUUGAACUGUCAGUAUGUGUCCAACUGGGACCGAUUUACAUGUUGUCUCCGGACUGAAAUAUCUGGAUGAAGUGUUCAGUGAGAGCUGUGUAUCUGCUGCAAUCUGGGUGAGGCAUGCUUACAGCUGCCAUCUGCAGCAUACUAUAGCUGCAAGAUACAGACUACAGCUGCCAGCUGCAGCAUCCAUACUACAGUGACCAGCUGUCAGCAUGCUAUUUACAGUUACUGAAUGCAGCACUGGACUCCCAAGACAACCUGACACAUCAAACUUCCAUCCCAGUGACAAAGUGUAGGUCGUUCAUGUCACUAAUGCUUAGCUCAGUUUGAGAUUGUUUUCAUUUUUUUAAUGAAUUUUUUUAAAGAUUACUGUAUAUUACACUUUUAAAAUCAAAUUAAUAAUACAGGGUACAAUUUGUAUUUUCCAAGUCAAUAAAAUUCAAAGAUAGGGGCAUCAGCUGUCAUGGAUGAAUCACACAUUUAUUAUAUCCUUUCAAAGACCACCACUAGACACGAGUUGUGUGAAUGUUGUACAGUGUGGAGUCCUUGUGAGAAUUCUGUGCCCUGAUGUUUCCGUGUACACCCAGGAGAUGGAUGUCCUUGUGUCAGCAGACGGCAUGAACGCCUGGCCUCCAACGUUGACAUGUUUCAGUUGCAUUUAGAAGCUGUAGCUCAAAGACGGGAUUGACCUAUGGAUCUCAACUUCUUUACUUCAGUUCAUAGGAUCAGUAAGCACACAGUGCCAAGGAUCUAGAGAAUACUCUGUCUUGCAAUAAGACUUGCUUAAAGAAGGAACUAGGAUGCUUUGGAAAGAAAAGAGGUUGAGUCCAAAAGUGAAUCCCGGUCUAAGGUCCUGAGUUGUCCAGACAUCUUGUGCCCCAUUGCUGUUGAUUUGUUGCCUGUCUGUAAGUAGAGGUUGGACACUGUCAUGUACAUAUUAACCCAGUGUGAUAUUGGUGUGUAUGAGAUAAUAAAUGGGAGAUCUGACAUAUGCCAGCAUGUGUGUUAGGAUGGACUCGCACUGUGCAGGCUUCCCUCUAAAUCAUAAGUGUAUUUCAGAAGCACACUUAACAAUGAAAGUCUGUCAGUCAAUGAUAUAACACUAAUAGUUUCCCUAAUUAACAUAGGCUUAUGAUGUUCUUAAUUCUGAGAAUCCUUUAAGAAAAGGGCUCUGGUCAGUUACUUCCUACUGAAAUUUUCAAAUUUGCAAUAAUCAGUAGACCUACAUAGACCAUGAAUCCUGGGUCUCAGAUUCAUUCAAGGCACCAAUGACAGUUGGUAGAACUUGAAACGGGUAACGCCGAGCUGGAAUAAAUAAAUGUGAUUUUGUCACAGAUUAUGCCAUCCAAGAAAAGCGGCUUCUCAUAAGAUAGUGGUUUGCCUUGGUUGCUUGUGAAGUGAUGUCAUGUACUGGGUAGUUGUUCAAUUGUAGAUAGAUCAUACUAAAGUCAUUCCCUUCACUGUGUACUGUUAAUACUACAGUAUUAUGACUGUAUUGCAGGCUUUCCUGCCACCACACUUGACAUAGCAUUGUACACAAGCCAUCGUGACCCUAUUCCACCUGAAAUACAGGUAAAUGCCCUCGUUAACCACAAAGCUCAGAUUCACAGGUGCAUCAUCAGGUGGUCAGUCAUGAUGAAUCCAGUCAUUAGGAACAAUCACCAUGUGACAAUGACUUGUAGUGAAAUAUUCAUUUGGUAGUUGAAGAAGACACUUUUUGUACAUUAAUAACUGUGUGGUAAAGAUGUGUUUGUGUGGAUGUGUAUUGAUGUUAAGAACCGAGCAAGUCCUACCGUGUGUUACAGAUAUUUUCAUCCUUUGUUAUAACAUCAGUAUACCUAAGGUAAUACUGAUAGGUUUGCAAAAUAACAUUGUCAAGGGUUAUUUUGCCAGUGUUUACCAUUUUGAUUAGAUGUCUGUAAUUGUUUUAUUGUCAGUAUCUUACACGCUGUCUGUAUAUUUUGUUUUAAGUCAUGAUUAUUUGGUUUAGUGAAAGAUAACAAUGUUCAGAUCUAUGAAAACAUUUCUUAAGUUGUUGAAAACUUUCAUAACUUCCAGGUAUGUCUGUUUUUUGUUUUGUGCUUUCACAGGACAGUCUUUCUACAUACACACGUCUUGGACAACCAACGGAAUUGGUACAUGCAAGUUGCAUUGACUAUAAUGAAUCGUUAUAAUACUUUCUCAUCACAAUAUUUGACAUGUUCUGUAUGUUAAACAGUAUUUACACGGCUCCUAAACAGUUUUCUUUUGCACAGUUGGGACAAUUUUCUUCUAUCCUGUUUUUGUUGCUGUUUUGUGUAUUUGAUUGUUUUCAUAGGCUUUUCUCCUGAAAUCUGAAAUAUAAAUUGGAACCAAAUAAGGCUGUCCAGUGUUUAGAAUGGCAUUGUUCAGAGAUUGAGAAAGGUUUCUGAGACACAGUAUUCACAUGAUACUAAUGAGCAAGAUCAGGGUACACAACAGUCUGGCAGAAUCUGUUUUCAUUACUGUUCAAUCCUUGUGAUUGUUGUAAAACGACCACUUGAAAUACAGUUUGGAAUUUGUUAUCCUUGAUCUGUUGUUUUAUAAUUGAGUUUGAGUUCUAUUACAUUUUUAAGUAAAUGUCUUAAUUAAGGUUUUUUUCAGCACUUUCUUUUCAGUGGAAUUCCACUAGGGCAAUAUAAAUCAGAGAUAUAGUAAUACUAUAAUUGGAUUUUGUUUUGAAAAAUGUAAUCAGAAAUUAGAACUUAGUUUUACAUGAUAACUAUUGGACGUUUUAGUUGGCUUCGUUCAGCAGUAUAUCCAGAUCUUCCGUACUCAUGAGUCCGUGUUCAUCUGUGCACAGAUGAUGUGAUGCGGAGGGAAUCUUCCCAGUAUGAUCAAACAAGAUAAUGAUGGAGGUUGCAUCACAAACAGUUUGGGACAAAUACUUUGAUUAGAAAAUAAUGCGGAAAUUUGAAAUUUCACUAUAAUUUCUCUUUUACCUACAACUUUGAAAAGAUGCAAUAUGAUAUCCACCCAAUCGGUUGUAUGGUACACGUUCCUCAUUCUGAAUUGCUCGCCAGGUUGUGCUCUCAUUGAUGGAUACGAAGCUGAUACUACCCACAGUCCUGGAAGUUAUGUUUUGUGUGUGAUAAGAGAUGUUAAGAAAGCAAUUUUUAUCCUAUUUGGAAGUUACCCAUUGCCUGUUGUCAUGUUGUACUAUUUAAUUACUCAUAAUCAUGUGAGAAUAAAAAAAUGUUUACUUUU